AUGUUGGACGCCACUCAACUGUCGUACUAUAAUCGAACCGUCGUGCUGACCCUUUUUUUGUACCCACCUCGCCGACACUACUCUAAAGGGGGUUAUCAAAGCUCCCGAAGUGGAGGCGUCGUUCUCUCAAACACUCUUACUUCAACACUGACCUUUCCUGAAACAGCACUAAGCAGCCAAGCAUCACGACUUCACGACUUCACCGAGAAUCAUCAGGCACAUUGUUAG